CAAAAGAUGAGAUGUCUCAAGAAAUCUGAGAGCCUAUGAACCACUCGAUCAAAGCGGUAUCUCCCAUCUCGCCCCAUGCUCUCUUCAUCUCGCCAUGGACGCAGAGAACCCCGUGACUCUGCGCUGCCUGGGCUGCGGAGCAGGGAAGACAGCGAUCUAUGAUGAUGAAGCCAGCAGCAGUUGGGCACUCACCAUGAACGGGAAAGCCUUCUUUUUGGCCGACCUGGGCAUUGGGGUUUGCAGGUCAGCCAUGCAGCACCUAGGAGAGAUCCCUUGCACCAUCUUCAUCAGUCACAAUCACAGCGACCAUGCUGGUGAGCUGCCUGUGGUUCUCGCUGUCGAAGGAGUUCAGCGGAAGCGGCGCAUGCAAGUGCUGGCGGCACCGGAGGUGCUCAGCAGGCUUCAAACAUAUCGGAUGCACGAGCUCGAGAGCUCCGGCUUGCAUCUGGACCAGUUGGCGACCUGGACUCCAACACCAGAGGAGGAGACUCUGCAAGUGGACACCCAGGUGGGCCUCCUGAAGUUGACCUCCUUUCGCUCACGGCACAGCGAAACCUGCUUCGGUGCACGCCUGGAGAUAGGCGAACUCUGCAUUGGUUGGACGGCUGAUAGCGGCUACGCGCCGCGGCUGAUGGAUGCGCUGAGUGUUAAGUGCCAAUUGCUCAUUGUUGAUGCACGGAAGGAUGGUAGCGCGGAACAUGCCAGCUUCCAGGACAUUGUGGAGUACGUCUCCUCGCGGCCGCAGAUGGACUUUCUCGGUGUUCGGCCUGAAGAAAGCCUUUGCCAUGUCGUGGUGAUCGGCUAUGGCGCACAAAGCGAGGCCCCCACACCGGAGGAUCUGCCCAGCAGCGCGGUGCUGCGGCCUGGUGAUGAGAUCGGCUUCUCUGCGCCACAUGAGCGGCCCUUUCUGCGUGCAGGCGCAUGCCGCGCAGGGGAGGUGCAAAGGUGGCGAGCUGAUGCUGGUGCGCAGGUCCUCAAACUGUGCAACUGGUGCUGUCGAUGACGGACCAGCCCGUCCACGGAGCGGCGCUGCGGAGCGGAGCGGAGCGGUGAAGAGGGCGAUCCACAUCCACCAGGUGAAUCUGCCGUUUCUGUGAGCGCAAGGCAGAGUCUAUUUGAAUUGGACAGCUACGUGAAACAGAGUCUGUUGGACCGGGGAGGCUGGUGCUAGACAGGGCCGCACGAUCAGCGCAACUGUCUGUGGUGAGUCCGACUGACCUUGUGGUGCGUGCUCCCGUGCGGCUGACUGACCUGCACUGAGUCAUGUUUCCAGCAGUGCGUCCACCGAACAAAGGCUCGCGCUGAAACCGCGCGCCGUCCCCGAACAAAGAGGUGCGAUCGUUGUUCACCGAUCGGUCGCUCCUGUAGGUCGUCUGAAGUUCAGCGACGAACAUGCUAUGGCGCAU